AUGCCACGGUCCAUGCAAUUGAACAACGUACGUGAACGUUCCAUUACUGCUGCCUCGAGUUUUGUCUUGCCGACGGAUGCAAGCGCUCCGUCGGAUAAAAAUAUCCGCGUACUGCUACGGAUCCGACCGUCCCCGGGUAAAGAUACCCGGAAAUGCAUCGACGUGGCUCCUGACCAACGCGGGGUGACGUUGGCACCCGCGUCGCAACAGGAGAAGCGCUUUGGCUUCGACCGCGUGUUCACGGAAGAUUGUGGGCAGGACGAUAUUUUUCAAGACGCAGGUCGAGCAGCCGUGGAGAAUACAAUCGGUGGAUACAAUGGCAGCAUCUUUGCGUACGGACAGACUGGGUCGGGCAAGACGUUCACCAUGUUGGGUGGAGCGACAGCCGAUGUCCAGUCGUUGAGACUGUCGUCGCUGCGUGGACUCACGCCGCGUAUUGUCGAUUAUUUAUUCCAGCGACUUGCAGCUCUGUCGCGAGAACGGAAUGGUGCGUUUCAUCGUGGCGAGGAAAUGGAGUGCGCAUUGCAGUACAAGUUGGCCUGUUCGUACUUGGAGAUAUACAAUGAAAAGGUUUUUGACCUACUUGAGCCUAGUGGCUCAGUUGCUGCACAGCAGCCCAAGAGCCUUCGUGAAGACCGCACAAAGGAAGUGUAUGUAGACCAGCUGCGUGAGAUUAGCGUAGGCAGUGAAGAAGAAGCGCUAACGCUACUGCAGCUGGGCUCGCAAAACCGUCAUAUUUCAUCAACCGACAUGAAUCGUGAGAGCUCGCGAUCACACGCAGUGUUUUCGAUCAAACUGGUGUUGGAAGAGCGCACGUCGGCUGGCGCAAAACGUACGCGCCGUUCGUGCUUGCACUUGGUGGAUUUGGCAGGCAGCGAAAAGCAGCGACAAACUCGAGUGCAUGGCAAGCGAUUGAAGGAGGCUGCCCAAAUCAACAAGUCGUUGUCGGCACUUGGCAACGUGAUUAUGGCGCUAGUAGACGUCAGCAAUGGUCAAAAGAGGCACGUGCACUAUCGUGACUCGAAACUCACGUUUCUGUUGCGCGACGCCUUGGGAGGCAAUGCGAUCACGAGCAUCGUUGCGACAGUUUCACCUGAAGAGAAGUACUUUACUGAAACGUUGAGCACGCUGAAGUUCGCUCAGCGUGCUAAGUUUAUCAAGAACAAUGCCGUGCAGAACGAGGAUGAUGACUCUCUCGUGCCCGUGCUCAAACAGCAAAUCGAAAAGCUGGUUGAAGAAAUCGCAUUCUUGCGCAGCAGUAUUGGCAAUUCUGACUCGAGGCCUGAAGCCAAGGCUGCUGUAUCGGACUCUGGUAAGGACGGACUUGUAAUGACAUCGAAGGCAAGUGUCGAGCAGCUUGACGCUCGAGAUCAGGAGAUGAAGAAGAAGCAAAACCGGUGGGAGCCGGCUUUGGACAUAAUGCAGAAGCUGCUGUGUGCAAGUGGAGCAAUCGGACCUGCAGAUGUUACUGAAGAAACGGCAGGUGAGCCGCAAAACCAAGAGCGAGAUGUUGUGGAAGCUCGUUGUGACAGGCUUGAGAUGCUGCUUUAUCGUAUGAUAUGUCGGUUUGAGGAAUACAAAGAGGUCGCGUUUGAUCCUGAUCGGUAUAGGUUCAGUCGCCAUGCAUCGCGAUCGAAGCCGAACAGGCUUCCAGGCUCGCGAAUGUCGAUGCUCCCUGCGCCUAAGCGAUACGGCAGUGCUGCUGUUCGACACCAUCACCGUGACGACCAGGAGCACUCGGCAGAUCAUGACGAAAAUGCUGCUUCGCUGGCAGCGGCCGAAAAGCGGGAGCGCAAUUUGCAUAAGAAAGUGCAAGACCAGCAAGACCGUAUCGAGGAGCUGCUGCGUCGGUCUCAAGAAGCCGAAGCCGAGAACGACCUCAUCCGUCAUGAACUUUGUGAGCUACUUGAGUGGAAAGCUUUUGUUGAAGGAGAGCGACGCCGUGUUAGCGACGUUGGACCGACGGAGCCUCAACAGGACGGCGAAACAGAUAAACCAGCGAUCCCAGCUUCUGGACCAUCGACAUUGCCAAGCGAAGAAACGCAGAAUAUGCAGGAGAUGCUGAAUGCGUAUCGAUCACUCUUUGACGAAGUCACGGAACUGAUGUACACGAAGAAGCCGAUACUCUGCAGUCCUGCCAGCCCAAAGUCUAGUUCAUCCGUUGUCACGGAAAACUCUACCUGUUACGCUUCAGGCGAUGAGGACGAUGUUGGCGACGACUGUGUUUCGAUGGAUGGCUUUGACACGAGCGAAGAUGGCGAUCGAGGUGUCAGCGACAUUUAUCGUGAGACUCGCCGUGUAAAUGCUCUCAGCUCGCGCCUCGGUCGGAAAUUUGAUCUCUACCAAGAUACGAUCCAGCGCUUGGAGAAGGAGUUGCAAACUGUGCAAGAUGACCUAGAGACGUCAAGUGCCGCAACGAAAUUUGCUGAAUUUCAACUUGAACAGUUGCGUACGUUAGCGGCCGACGAAGAAGUUAAACAGAAUCAGGCGGAGCACGAAUAG